AUGUCAAUUGGCAGAUUCUCGGAGUGGCGCAAGCUGCCGCUGACCCUGACGGAGCUGUGCAUCGAUACUACUCUUCGGUGCGGACAAAGCUUUCGCUGGCGAAAGCUGGACGAUGAAUGGACAUGUUCACUCUACGGACGCGUUCUAUCCUUAAAACAGGAAUCGGAUUCACUUUGGUACAGAUCAUAUAAGCCUCCGCCUGUUGAAUCAUCUACACUUCCUACGCCACCGAUCUCUACUGCAGCAACGCAACGUGGAACGCCGGAUGACGACGACACCGAGGCAUUGAUUCACCAUUAUUUCAAUCUGGAGUAUAACCUAUCGGAUUUAUACGAGCAAUGGGCAGCUUCGGAUCCAAACUUCAAAAAGAAAGCAGUGAAGUUUGCUGGUAUUCGGAUCAUGAGACAGGAUGCUUGGGAAACCCUUGUUUCUUUCAUCUGCAGCAGCAACAACAACAUAGCGCGAAUAUCGCAGAUGGUGGAAAAGCUAUGUGUCAACUACGGCCCGUUCAUUGGCCAAUUGGGCGAUCAGAAAUAUUAUGAUUUCCCAGAUCCUUCAGCCUUGACUGGUACUGGCGUCGAAUCACAUCUCCGAGAGCUUGGGUUUGGAUAUAGAGCCAAAUAUAUCUAUCAGACUGCAAAGAUAGUUGCAAACGAACGGGAGCCGGGGUGGUUGAACAGCUUACGGAACCCAGAAAAGCCCGCCUUCAACGAGGAGCCGGCUACACCAGGAGGAGUACCCAGGGGCGAGGAAUCUGGUUACCGAGAGGCUCAUGAACAACUGCUGGCUCUACAGGGCGUUGGUCCGAAGGUCGCAGAUUGUGUUUGUCUGAUGGGCCUUGGUUGGGGAGAGUCAGUUCCUGUUGAUACACAUGUUUGGCAGAUUGCUCAGCGUGACUAUAAAUUCGGAAAGGGGAAGCAGAAGACGCUAAACAAAGCAACAUACGACGCUGUUGGUGACCAUUUUAGAGAGUUAUGGGGCAAAGAAGCUGGUUGGGCACAGAGUGUUCUAUUUACAGCCAACCUCAGGUCCUUUUCGGACCGAUUAAACCCCAAAGCUGAAACCCACGACCAGUCUACCGGGGCUCUUAAAGUCGAGUCAAAAGUAGAGGUAGACCAAGUAAAGCAGGAGGUGGAAGAAGAUGGCAUUCGGGUUACCACUCGAAUCUCUGUCAAAAGAGAGCUAUCUGAAGGUGAAGAUUCAGGCCCUAAAGAUAAUGCUAACAUUUCUGAGUCUGCUCCGAAGAAACGGAAGACACGAGCAUCCAGGUCACGGAGAUAG